AUGAGCGACGAGCCACCCAAGCGCAGCACGCCGGCCGCGCCGGGCCGCACGACGAGUAUGGUGCCGAGUAGGGCAGGCUCGUCAGUGAUUACGCCGUCGUCGUUGCGUGCAUCCACGCCGCAGCAGGGUGGUGGACGUAUGAUGUUCCGGCCUGUGAUGCCGCAAAGGCGACGGACGCCGAGUGCCCCGCCCGCUGCCACGCCCGCUGCGCCACCGCCCAGGGAAGAAAAGAGUGCACCAAGACGCCCGCCCCAGCGAGCACACCGUCAGAUGGCGGAAAUGACAGCGACAGGUCCGUUUGCUUUGGGCUCGAGCGACCGCGGGCCUGAGAGGUCACGCGCCUCGGCUAUGAUGCAUCAUUCUGUGCCGCGUCCUGUGGCCAUCGAGGCGCGCGGUGUGGACGUGCCGACGGCCUCUAUCGAUAUUGAGCAUGUCCAGGAUAUGGAUCCCAUGGCUCCUCAGUCAAUGCUUCGUGCUCCGCCCUCGCUGAAGCGCGAACCGACCCCGGUCAAGAUGGAGGCUGAGACACCAACUGCUGAUGUAAAUACUGCCCAGGCUCUCGAUUUGAGCGAAAGCGAAGAUGAGGGAGACGAUGAUGCCCACGCGAGUCAAUUUGCCACGUCGGUGCAGGGCGGCGAAACGGACGGCCAACUCUUCCUGUUCCAGUUCCCUCGUACGUUUCCCUCAUUCCAACACGAUCAGGUCGUCAAGGUCGAGGAAGAUGCGACGCGACCUGAGGGCCAAAUCGGGCGCCUCGAUGUGUAUGCAGACGGCCGCGUGGCUCUGCGCAUCGGUGAUAUUCCGUUUGACGUUACGAGCGGCAGCGAAGCGAGUUUCUUGCAACAGGUCGUCAUCCUCGAUGCCGAGCAGCAGGUGGCCCAGUGUCUCGGCGAGGUUCACAGCAAACUUGUCGUGACGCCCAACCUCGAUGACUUUAUGCACCAUCGCACAUAG